AGCCCCCGGGGAAGCUCCUCCCGACCUCCAGGGGGCGCCGCGCCGCGCCGGGACGAGCGCCCGGCCCAAAGACAUUUCCGGCUCGGUCGGCACAUGGCGGGGGACGGCGGGGCGGCGGGUCCGGCCGCCUCUCGGGAGCUGCUGACCGUGGGGCGCCGAGGAGGGCUGGAAGAAACUUUAUUGAUUAGUUCAAAAUGCAGCAGCAAGAAGGCCACAACUUUACAGACAGUUCGGAUGCCAAGGAGUAAUGUUUUGGACCGAGUACAGAGCUUUUUACCACAGAUGGCGCAUGCAAAUGAUGAACUAAGAAGAAAAAUGGUAACAGCACCAGCUCAUCAGUUUGAUAUUGAAAAUCUCGACAGUGCAACAGAUAAAGUUAUAGAAAUGAAUGUGGCUGUAGUUGAACUGAGCGAUUCUGAUACAGAUGAAGAGAUACUAACUUCAGAAGAUGACUCGGAAUCUGAAGAUGACUGUGUAACUGAUGAAGUGACAAUAGACAACAUCAAGUUUCCUAAACAAAAGGGAGAAAAGGGCAAAAUAGAAAUUCUGGACAGCAAAGUGAAUGAGUAAAUCCAUUUUAUGUUACUUUAAAAAAAAAGACACAGAAAAAAAGGCCCAAACCCAAAUUACGUUGUCCUGCUUUGAAGACGUGGCCCUUAAACUACCUUGUUUCCUAACAUAGCAUCCCUCAGGAUCAUGUGAAAUGCUAUGGUUUACAUGGUGCAGAAUUCAGGAUCAACUCAUGACUGACACAAGCUGGAUUUCUGAGGAGUUAAGUACGGUUUUAUUUGUCAAACAACAUGGAAAUGAAUUUCAUUGUGGGUUAGACUAAGGAAGGAACUGGAAUUUGGGGCAUUUGAAUUAGUUAAAAUUCUUGUUCUGUUGCUUUAUUGAAAGAUUUUUGGAGUUCACUAGAGGUGUUUGCUUCAAGGACAGGAAAGAGUUAACUAGGAAAAAGGCUUUUUUUUAUUAUAUUCCAUGUCCUAUGAAGUGUUAUGUACAAUGUCUUCCAUAUUAAACAUUAUCUUCAAGUACGUUAGAGGUACAUCUGCCUUGCAUUCAUGAUAAUAACUGUUGGGCACUAAAGCAGCGGUUGAGGUCAUUUCAAGAUGAUGUCAGACAGGUAAGCACAGCCGUGACUCAGGAGAGAGUUCUGCAAAGGAUUAUUUACCCUCCGCACCUGCCUCCCCCGAGCUUUGCCUCACCACAGGUAGCUUAAUCGCUCAUAUCUGGAAUGUUCGUGGCUGUGGUGUGGAUACCUUUGGCUCUUAAACGCUCAACUCUGCCUCUCUGCUGUUAGUUGCUUUAAGCUACACUUUUCAUCUCCAGCUUUCCCUGCCACCUUUCUGUCCUCUCCAUUUUAACAACUGUCACUGCCAAAAGAAUAAAAAGGUGACUUUUUAGUUGGCCUGUACUUAGGCUAGCUUGAAACAAUUGUGAAACUGAAAUUGGUGAAAAAAUAUCGAUUCAUACUUACCUCAGAUUGAUCAAAUACAAUGACUUAGGCUGUUGUAUCUCCUUCAUGCAUUUCAGAAGUAUCUCAUGCUCCUGGGUGUCAUAGUUUGUUUCUUAAAGGAACUUUGUAUUUUCUACACCAUUAAAGUAAAAUUUUGUAUUGCA